AAAGAAGUGACUUUCAUCCUUACAUCCCUACAGUGCGUAGCGUCAGGCAGGACACUCAUACCAUGGCAUGCACGAGGACCCACUCACGGUACGAUCGUAUACAACAAUAACAUGGUUGCAGUGUGCACUGCACUCAGCAAGAAAGCAAACUGCACACCAGAGCCUUCAGCCCAGCCCGCCCAGUCAGCUGUUCACCGCCACUAUCCCGUUGUCGAUGGCACGGAAAUACCCGAAGAACGCCUGCAUCCAUCCAUCCAUCCACACCGCAGUGUAUCAUCCGUCAGCCGUCCACUCGGUCGGUCGGUUACUUUGAAGAGGUUGAGGUAGUGUGUGAUGUCGUCGGCGCCGCACGUCUCGCGACACGAAUGCAUCGCCCACUGCGGGAUACCCACGUCGAUCGCACGGAUGCCUGAAUCAAAACAGACAGACAGACAGGGAGAGAAUGCAUAUGCAUGGCUCAGCCGCCCCACCCACCCACUGACCCAGUUUGGCAGAGAGCAUGGGCCCGACAGUGCUGCCGCAGGGCGAGUCGUUCUUGACCACAAAGUCCUGCACGCACGCAACAUACCCACAGCAAAAAGCAACAGCUGUUUCGCACUAGAAGACAGAGCGUCAUCUGGUUGGUACGUACCUGCAUGGGGACGUUGCCGCAUCGGCAGAUUUCUCUGAAUAUGGCCGAGGUGAGUGCGUGGGUGGUGUAGCGCUGGUUGAUGUUCUCCUUCAACACAACACCCUGAACACACAGAGACAGGUUUGGCCAACACGCAUGCGCACGCAAAACCAGGCUGUGCGGGUACCUUUUGCAGCAGUGGUUUGUGCUGCGGCUGGUGUUUGUCGGCGUAGUUGGGAUGCACACCAUGAGCCAUGUCCUGCCGUACACACCCAUGCACGUAUGCGCGUGUGCGUAUGUGUGUAUGUGUCUUGGGUGUCUUACGGCGCUCAUGAGGAAUGAUCUGGCAAUGACUUCCGCCAGUCUGUCCUCCAUCUUGAGCCCACGCAGAAUGCGAACAAUCCACGUCUGCCAUCCAUCCAUCCAUCCAACCAACCAAGGCCCGUCAUACACACACACGGACAAGAGGUGCCUCCAUUGCUCACCUCCAUGGCGGCUGAGUCGGCUCCAGCCCACGUCGUCGAACCGAUCUGACCAACCACACAGAGGCGAGUCGGCAUGAGUCCACACAUGGAUGUGCUGCAGCAGUGCCCGCCCUUCUACCUCUUCGUGGUCGAAUGCGACGGCCACCCAGAUGUCCUGGUGGCACGCGGGAUCCGCAUGGCUGUGGCACCCCUCACACAAAUCCAUCAACGCCUGAAUGGAACACAACAAGCUAAUCAAAUCGCGGCAGCAGUUCCCGGCUGCAGCAGACGUACGUACCUUGAUUGCUGCCCAUGACGACACGAGGUUGUCGAGGCGGGGCGACUCCAGAAACUCGUCGUACACUCCACACAAACGACUCGGCUGAUCCGAGUAUACCCGUCAGUCACCCGCACACGGAUGGAGAGAUACACAUCGACCAACCACUCGAUCCCAACUUACCGUCGCGUCCAUGAGGCAGAGGUCCAGGUCCACAAUCUCCUCAGGCUGGCAGCCGAGCUCCCCCGCCAGCAGGGACAGCAGGGGUGCAUGGUGCCGACCGUUCUUGCCGGUCUUGUCAUUGUUCUUCUUGUCGUUCUUGUCUGGUGGCGGCUCGACCAGCUGCUCGCGGACCUUGCUGCACAGAAUGGGCAUCAAGUGGUUCUCCUGCAAAGCCACACAGAGGGGGAAAGAGAUAUGUGUGUUGCUUUAGAGGUGUGAGGGCAUGUCUGUGACCUACUCGGUGGACUUUGAAUGCGUCUCUCUCCUCUGCUGUGCGGAGGUGAAUCGCCAGGUUGGGCAAGAUGCACACCGAACUGCAAGCACCAACAUCAGAAAAUGAGCAAGAGCGUCCGCAUCGACGAAUCAAGGUCGAUCCAUCAUACCGGUCGAUGCGGACGAAAUGGAUCUCCAGCCGCUCCUGGGUGCUUUGAGGAGCUGCAAUGGAAAUACGUAGAAUGAUCUAGCGCUGCGAACAUGAUCUGAAUACCUGCCUGCCUACCUUUGCGUCUGACCAUGACCUUGCCCGCGAGUCCCAGCCCCCGGUCGAACCACGUGUGCCACAAACCGCCACCGUAACACUCAACGCCUAUCUGUAUUGUAUGACACGACACACACGGGCACAAACACACAGGUCCCAUCUUGCACAGAACGACCGUCUCGCCUCCCAAUCUGUCUGCCCGCCCCACUAGGUCACCCGACCUGCAGGUAUCCCUCCUUCUCGACUGUCGUGUUGGGCCUCAGCCGCAGGCAGGGCGAGUCGGUGUGGCCAGCGAUGAUGUCGAUGCCGCCAUGACCCGUGACGAACUCACUACCUGGAAUACACAUGAACACCUACAUUGAUUGCUGAGUCCGUGUGCUCGUCUGUCUGUCUGUCUGUCUGUCUGUCUGUGCGUGUGCAGUGCACCGAUAUGGAAGGCAGCGAUGGCCGAGUGGUUUCUGAUCACGAAGUAGUUGCCGCCUGGCGCCACAUCCCAACCAGAUCUGCUUACCAUGCCAUGACAACAGCGUCGUGAUCUGGCUGCAGAGCCACACCUUUGUCUGUCAUCUGCGUACCGUUCGUCGAGUUCCCUGAAUCCCUUGGCCAGCAGGAGGGCCUUGAGCGACGACACGCUGUGGUAGGGGCUGCCCGUCGUGUUGACGUACUUCAGGAACUCAUGCGCUGGUGCAUUGUCGACCGCCUCAGCCUUCGCCAUUCUGGUCUGCUCUCC